AUGACAAAUUCUUCUGCAAGUGAAAUUUUUUUGGAAAGAAUAGAAACAGAAAUCACUUUAAUACAACAAGGAAAAAAUAUAAACGAUGGUUUGAUUGUUCUUAGAGAUAUAAUAAAAGAAAGUUUUGAUAAUCAUGAUAAAAGACUUGAAGAAGCAGAUUAUGAAAUAAAUGUUUACAAAUCGAUCGCUUAUCAAAAUUAUCAAGAAGCACAAUUUUUUAAAUAUUGUCUUUAUAAAGACUUAAUGGAAACAAUAUUGUGGUGGUAUAAUAUUCUUUUUGAUAAG